AUGCAGGUGGAAAGCUUCCAGCCAAGUGAAGAAGUAGUCAAUGAAGUAGAUGCAGAAAGCACGCAUAUAGAAGAAAAGCUCUUGGGCUUAUCAAUUAGUCAGGAAUCAAUUCAAAAGGUUAUUUUGGAAUUCUUAUCUGAACAGGGGUAUAGUAAAGCAGCUCGAGCUUUUAAACGUGAAACUGGGAUUAGUAUUGAGAUGGUACCAGUCCUACCUGAACGAGAAGAGAUCAGAUUAUUAGCCGAGAAAGGAGAGUUUUUAGGAGUGCUAGAAAAGACAUCUGCUAUCUCUCCUUUUAUCUUUUCUGAUGAUCCUGCCUUGUACUUUGCUAUCUUAAGACAAGAUUUAUUAGAAGACGUAGAAGUACGUGGCCAAACAGAAGGACAUGUCUUAUUACGGAUGGAGAAAGAAGUAGCACCAGUAGUAGAAAAACAUCCUUCUUUACUAAGUAUGAUGGAGAGUUUAGUAAGUGAGAUAGUCUUUCGCACUCGUAGUCUUGAAAAAGUACUGGAAGGUCGUCAUGAAGUCUUUCAAGAGAUCAACCGGAAGGUUUUAAGACUAUUUGAUUAUGAGAUCAAUGACGGUCUUUCUAAGUUCCUAGAAGAGACAGAGGAAGUAGCCAGCACAACCCAGUUCAUAUCUCUAGCCAAAGAAUGCCCCCUAAUUGAUGUCUUAGUUCAAAAGGUCAAGAAGCAAUUAAGAUAA